AUGGUACUAGUGGCCCUGGAAAGUAGUGUGAAGCCGCGAGCCCUGAACGGGCCUGGAGACUUAACCCUUUUCUGCCCUGGCCUCUGGCUUGGAAUCCCAGAAGGCCGUCCGGGGGACGCACAGAGGGAAGCGGAGAAGCCCGGCUUUUGGACUCCUGCGUCUGGGACCGUGCUGAGCUCUGGGCCAGGCCCGGUCCCAGCCUCCGCCCCCGCUCCGCGGUCGGGAACAAGGCCGUGGCACGGGGCCGUGGACCUCAGGCAGGCCCAGCUCUCAGGGCGGGGAGGAGAAGGAACACAUCUUUUCCCUAAAGGACAUCCCGCCUCCCUAGGAUGGGGCGGACCAGCCAGGCGCUGUGAUCCUCCUGUCGCCUUCUCUUCUCUCCCCAGCUUGGGCUAUUUUGGAAGCGUUUUGGAAGGUGAGUGGAACUGUGUGGGCAGAUCCAGUGAACUGUCCAAAUUCAUUAAACUAAAUUAUCUGCUGCUCAAGGAGAGAGCCUCAGCAGCUGAAGCCUAUCAUCAGAAACCAGCCUCACCGCCCCUUCUCCGACCCUCCAUGGCCCAUUACUUGGGAGAGACAGGCGGUGACUUCUGCUUUGGAUUGAACAAAAGGCAGUGGGAAGCACAGGCCCCAGUGAGGGGGAAGGGGGCUAAAAGCCCAAAGAGAAGCUCCACGUCUGCCCCCAACACCUGGCCCUUCCUACAAAGCGUCAUCCGGAACGCAGAGGAUCUCCGUGUGUGUUCACAGACCGCGUCUGCCCGUGGCUGUCCUGAGCAUGAUCUAAGUAGACUUCUGUUUAGGUGUUUGGGAGGACGACAGGUAGAAUGGAAGUUCUUUGAGGGCAAGGAAAUUCCUUGAGAGCAACAUUGCUCACCGCUGUCCCUGAAGUAUCUCCUCAGUGCCCGGCACAUGACAGGAAACUGAGGCAGAAGAGAGAUGAACUGAUUUGCCUAAGGUCACACAGCUGGUAAGUGAAGGGCAAUGUGGAUCCCCGACUACAAAGAGAAAAAAAGGCAGCGCGUAGACCGAUGGAGGACAAGGUGGUUUUGUUUUUAUUUAUUUUUAUUCAGGAGAGACACACAGAGAGGCAGAGAGAGAAGCAGGGUCCCUGCAGGGAUCCCGAUGUGGGACUCCAUCUCAGGACUCCGGGGUCACGCCCUGAGCCCAAGGCAGACGCCCAACCGCUGAGCCCCCCAGGUGCGCCAAUGAGGACGAAGCCUUGCCUUAUUACCUGCUAAAGCUGUCACACCGGGAGCAAACCGCGGUCCUUCGCCAAGGCGCCCGCCGCAGGAGGCCUGAGCACCCAGAGCCAGACGCGCGGCCCGGGGCGGCGGGGAGGGCGGGGCCGGCCAGGGCUCCAGCAGCCCCUCCGCCAAUCAGGGCUGGGGGGCGGGGCCAGGCGGGAGGGCGGCUCGGUGGUCCCUCUGCAGGUGAGGACCGCAGCUCCGCCCGGGGGUGCGCCAGGUGCGUCCCAGAUGGCAGCGAGGCGCCCGGUGAGGGCGUCGACCACAGGCGCGCAGAGAGCCCGGCCUGCACCCCUGCACCCCGUGAGAACACGCCGCUGGGAGGGCCACACGACCCGCUUUUGAAGCUCUGACACAGAGGGCCUGGCCAGGGUCAAGAAGGCAGGCUCAUCGAGAAGAAACCAGUCUGUUGGAGACUGCGAGGAGCCCACACCCCAUCUGAAGGGCAGCGGCUGUCCUGAUCUAGCCAGUUCUUGCCCCCAGGGAAUGUGGGCUCAGGGUUGCCUCAUUUCCCAAUAAUAAUUAAAAAAAAAA